GAGGAGAGACGCACCGACGGCGCUUAACAUGUCGUCGUCGUCGUCUUUGUUGUUGUCGUUGUUGUUGUGACACAGGCAGCGCUUGCUUGCGUUACCGAUCGCGUUCGCAAGAACGACGCAAAAUAAAAAAAAUAAAGCGUCGCGUUGUUGACGCGAGCGCGGCCGGGCGUCGAUUCGUGUUCGAGAGCUCGGCAGGUUUUCUGCAUUCAGAUUGACGAACAAGACGAUUGAACGCCCAAAGACUUCCACACGGGACCCACAGAUAUGAGAUCCAGCUCAUGUCACCUUCAGUCAGCUUUAAACCGUAAAGAGCUGUUACAAGCCAGUGUUGUUGUAGGUUCAAGUCCGUCUCACAUGUAAGUGUAGUUUACCCACAACCAGUAUAGAGGAAUUCAAGUUUACUCACAGGAAGCAUUACAUUUCACUGUAUUUGCCACAAACAAAAUAAAGUAUUUUUUUUGUUAAUGCUGCAAACUUUAUAACAGUAUUUGCCAAUUCGUAGGGUUAUUUUUUCAGUCCAUAGGCUUGUUAAAUAGGUGCGUUUUAACGUAUGAACGUUCACCCGUUGUAUAUGUUUAACAUGGGAAUGUAGCGCCAAGCACGCAUGCGUUGUGCCCACCCUCGUGCGUAGGUGAGUAUUAAACGAGCAAACGUGGAAUGCAUGCCCUCUUUCUAUGUGCGUAGCGAUGCAGUGGUGUCGAGUUUCAUUCCAAAUUUGCACGUACGUGUUUUCACUGAUUUUUCUUAGAUUGCGUUUGACGCACAUUGCAAUGUCAUAGAAUCUUGCCGGUAUCAUAAGAGCAAAAUGCAAGAAUAUUUCGAAUAAAAGCGAAGCCUUCCGCAGUAGUAGCCAAGCAUUAAGCACCUUUGUGUAGUAGCUCGAGUGUUAACACCGACAGGCAGGGUUACUUUUAAAAAGGCAUCAGUAUCUUAUUACUCAUUACUUGACGUUUCAACGGUAGCGUAACUUCACCCCUUAUUUUAUAUUUUCACAGUUUCCUUCGCCACAUUACCACGUGACCGCUCGAUAAUUAUCAGCCUUGUGGUGCGAUCUGAACGCAUUGCCACCAUCCUCGCUGCCGGCGCGAUUGUCCCACCCGGUCGUUUGCCAAAUGAUUUUCGCAAUUUUAAAAUGAACGCACCGCGACAAAGUAUUCAGCUGUAAUCUGUGGUCAACAACGUGAUCACAGAAUAACAAUAAUAGAGGAUAACCUGAAGUAGUCCGAUAAGAGGGGACCGCUAUUACCCGUCACACGUCAUACUCCAAAACACCGCCGGCACCAUGGACGAGCUCGUGCACGACCUAGCGUCGGCUCUGGAAGAGACGUCGGCGCAGAACAAGGCACGAGCAGCGGCAGCGGCGGAGGAGGAGCAGGAGCCGGAGCAGGAGGAGGACGACGAGGAGGACGACGAGGAGAGGGCCGUUGCCGUCGAGUGGGGCCGGCUACCCCCCCCGGCGCCGGCACCGCCGCCGCCUCCUCUGCCGCCCCCGCCGCCCGGCGGAGCCCUGAGCCCCCGGCAGCUUCGGCGGCAGGCGCGCAAGCGGCGAGGACGCAAGCGGCGCGGGGAGCACGCGCUGAACCUGGCGCCGGCGCUGCUCGCGCGCCCACCUGCGUCGGCGACGGCGGCGGCACGCGGGUACCUGAGCGAGGGCUCCGAGUCGAGCCAGGAGGAAGGGACGUUGGGUAAAAGCGGUCCCGCUAACGUCGCCGUCGUGGGCGCCGGCGCGGCCAUCGACGUCGCGGCUGCCUGCGGGGGUCCUGUGCCCGCCGCGACCGCGGGGAACAGCGACUCGGACGAGGCUCUGUGCGCGCGCCGCCUGCGCCUGGCGUCUGCCUCGUCGUCGUCGUCGCUCAACGCCGUCGCGCUGCGCCCGUGCGGCGCCGUGGCCGCUCCGCUCGGCCCGCCGACGAGCGCGCCGCCCGGGAGCACCGUGACCGUCGUCGCAGCCGUGUCCCCCGUGCUGGUGUCGCCAACGCUGGUGCCCGCGCGCCACUCCUGGCACGAGUCGGACUCGUUCCCGGAGAGCGGCCCAGGACGCACCACCCGCCGGCGCCGCAAGGUCAAGCGUAUGGCCGUCGACCCCCCCGCCGUCUCCACCCCCACCACGCGGGGAGGCGUUGCCACGGCAACCGCCAACGAGCCCCCCCUCUGCUCGCACCCACCCUUCUGCCCCCCCGUGGCAUCGGCCGGCAGGGGCUACAUGGGACCCGGCCUGCUCUUAGGCAUGGCGGCGUGGCGCCACCACAAGAAGCUGCGGUUGGCACGGGGGGGCGGCAGCGGCGGUGGCGGUGGCGGCGGCGGCAGCAGCAGAGGGGCAGUGGGAGUCGAGUGGGGGGCCAGGGGGCCCCCCGGCGCGGGGGCCGAGGGAACUGACGAGGGCGUUGUCGUGGAGACGGGGGAGGACGCGGAGCUGGGAGGAGCGAUGCGUGAAGCCGCGGGCGCGAGCGGCGGGCGAGACGGGAUGGACUGCGAGGAGGACGAUGGCAACAAGAACUCGGAUGACAACAUGAGCGACGGCGACACGAGCAGUCUGGGCAGCAGCGACGCGGGGCUGUACACCAAUGACGAGGGGCGGCAAGCCGACGACGAGCAGAGCGACUGGUUCGGCGAGACGGACCGCGAGGUGGGCCCCGGCGUGGGGGCCGUGCCGCCAUGGUGGCAGCGGCCGCGGGAGCUGCACGCCCAGCCGGCGCACCGCGAUGCGGGAGACCCCGUCCUGCACAGCCUCCUCGCUGGCGGAUUCCCCCUGCUCUCCCGCACGGGGCACAGAGGGUUCCACGCACGAUUGAGCCGCCUGCCGGGAGUGGCGGCGCGGAGCAUCCGGAAGGGGCGGAGGCGUCUCCCCGGGAAGUUGUCUGGCAUUGGUGGAGUUGGCGGUGACAGGAUGGCACACCACUCCAUGGACGUUCACCCUCGCGAGUGCUGGCCAUACCCCCUGGGCCGCAAGGACAGGAACCAGCAGUUAAGCCACAUUGGUGCUCUGUACUCGCUGGACGUCCGAGGGGACGCCAUUCACAACUCUCGACAGGUGAGCGUCACGCUGGGCGCGUUGUGCGCCGAGGACGUGAAGAGACGGCGAAAGGUCGCGCCCUCAGCCUUCGUCAGCGAGAACGCGCACGCCGGCCUGGAUGGCGGCGCGGGUGGCCGCACCCUGCAGGGCAUGAGUUGGAUUCCGAGCCCGGCACCCGGGGCCGACGCUAGCGGGGGAGGGCCGACGGGAGGCCGCUCCGAUCCCGUCGGCGCCACGCAAAGGCCCAAAGGGGCCGGCGUCGGUUACAACCUGAGCUGAUGAACGGUGGCCACACGCCGCAGUGCCGGGAGGGUGACACUCUGUAAAAGUAAAGUACUCUGAUUACCGAUUACUCGAGGGUUUAACAAUAUGAACCCACAUUUUGGUGUUUUUUUACAGGAAUGUAAUCUCCUAAUUAAUAUUGAUUGAUUGAGAUUGCUUUCUUAAGAUUAACCGAUAUUGGGGUGAGAUGUAAAUCUGGGGCUGGGGUCUCGCACGGAGGUUGCAGUGCUCAACUCCCGAGCAGGAGGUCGCGAAGUUCAAAUCCCAGUUGAAAGGUUUGCCCGAGUCCGUCGUCCUUUUAAAGUUUUUUAAUGUAAUUAUUACCGCAGCGUCCAACGGUGGUUUUCCAGCAAAGAGAUUUGUCCCCGUUUAUAGGAAUGUCGAAUUUCUGCUACGGCCCAAGGCUGCCAAUCGGUUGUUGACCUUGUUCACGAAAUUAGUGGCGAAAUUGUUCGUGAAACAGGUGUCUUAUUUUUUUAGCCAACGAUGACCGCGAGCGGACGAAACGGCGGCCGCCGCCCCACCAGAGAGCCAAAGUGCCGCUGACCAAAGCGCGUGCAUGGCGCAGUCACGAUCGAUUCUCCCUUCCCCCCCUCGCUUCAUUCAUUAACUCGCCCGAUGUGCCCACAGAGACUCCUCUACUUACGAACUUUCAGAGAUACGAACAAACCUGUCCGUAUGUCGAGUUGCUCGUUCGGAUCGAGAGUCGUAUGUUCAACUGCCGUGCAAUAGAUGGCGGUGGUGGCAUCUGCUUAUGCAGAACAUGAACCAGUGGCAUCUACAGGAGAUUAUACAAAUUUUCAAGCCAUUCCCCGUGUUUAGUGUACAUGCUGUACAACAUGUUUGGAAUCGACAGGAGUAAAGUUGGACUUACGAGCAAAUCGACUUGCGAACAGACCUCUGGAACAUAACUCGUUCGUAAGUAGAGUCCCCGUACCGAACAAUUUACUGAGUUUAUCGAUUGGCUGAGGAGUGGAGGAACGGCACGAACCUCACAACAACAUUUAAUAGCGCAGAGCAUUUGACUGAAGCUUGACUGCUUUCGUCAGCUAGGCGAAGAGAAUGAUGGCACGAGAUGUAGUAGCCUUGACUAAAUGUAAAUUCCACAGAUCGAGACUGA